AUGGCCCCUUAUAGAGCAGACAUGACAGCAGAGGAACUCCUGAGCCCAUGGGUGUACAGCCCUGUGGGGGAGGUCAAGUUAAUGUCUGAACACGGGCUGGAGAAGGAACUCAACAGAUGCAACCAAGAAGUAACGCAUCACGCAGACAUGGCCACUGAGGAAUGUACAGCCAUCACUGACAGUCUAUGCAGUGAGGAGCCAUUUUGUAGGAUCUGCCAUGAAGGCAGGGCCUCAGGGGAGCUGCUGUCUCUGUGCAAAUGCUCUGGUAGCUUGGCCAUGGUGCACCGGACCUACUUGGAGCACUGGCUCACUGCCUCCAACAGCAGCCACUGUAAACUCUGCCACCACCAGUUUACAGUGGAGCGCCUGCCAAAACCUCUUACUGAGCCUUCACCUUCCUCCUUCUCCCAAUGGUUGUGUUCUUCAUCCAUGCAGCAGCAGAGGAGGACGCUGUGUGGUGAUGCAGUGUGUUUCCUGUUCAUCACACCUCUGGCUAGCCUAUCAGGAUGGCUGUGUGUUCAUGGAGCCAUGGACCUCUACUACACCAACGGCAUGGAGGCCCUGGGGCUCCUGGUCCUCACGCUGGCCCUCUUUACCAUAUACGUCUUCUGGACUGUAGUACGUUCAGGGUGUAUACUUUUCAACACGUGGAAGAAAACCGACCAGAGAGUGCGACUGCAGAUUCCCUCGUCUGCCCAUAACACAUCUAACCUACAGACCCGGUCCAUAAACACCCACGGCAAAGCCACCAACAAAGAGACUAUGGUGUAGACUAAUGUCUGCAAUACUGAUUAUACUUCACACAUGAAGGAAACAAAGCUACAGAGAUGAACCAAUCCGGACAUUAAAGAGUUGGGAGACUCCUGCUACAGGACUGUUAG